CUCUCUCUCAUUCAUUUUCUCACCACCAUCGAAGCAAGUUCGCUCGCGAUCGGCGCGCGCAAGAACAAAAACAAGACGAAAAACAUUCAAAAACGUACGAAAAAUUGGGAAAACAAUCGGUUCUAAAAUUGGGGAAACGUUCAGGAAGGAACAAUCGAGGUGCACAACAUCUUCUACCGCACGCAGGUCAGGAGCAGCAAGUGCAUCUGCCCAGGAAGCAGCGCAAGUGUACAAGUGCCGUCGGAAAUCGUGGCGAAUACAGCGAGGGUUCCGAUCCGAUCUAUCCGAUUAUUUUCACGGUACAGCAAGUAUCGGCUAAGUGUCCUCCUGCCCAAGUGUAGUGCUGUUCGGUGGUGUGCUGCUUGCUGAAGGCAAUCCUUCACGCGGAAUUAUAGCCACUGUGUGGCUGUGGCUGGGGAAAGAAAACAAGGUGUGUCUUAUCGCGCUGUUCGCGUUUCGCGAGAUCUGUCCAAGAUCAGGGUGCGGGUGCGUGCUCGGGAAUGUGAUGUUGUGCGCGGUGCAAAACAACGGCGCACAUCCCAGUCGCUAACAAGCCGUUAAGAAUUAGCCUCCCCUACCGUCUAGUGUCGCUGUGUAGCUAAGAAAACAGCAUUAGUGGUAGUGUUGUAGCAGUGGAAGCUGUAAAGAGGAGAUAAAAAGAAGUCUGUUCCACACGCCCGGAGAUUCGCCCCAUUUGCGUUGGGUCAUUUGUGCGAACCGCAGAUUCCGUCCAGUGGCAAACGAAGUGAAAAAAAGAAACAAAAAUCUUCCUGCGUGCUGCUAUUCUGUGAAGGCCAUUUUCUAUCGCAACAAAUGUCAUAAUAAUAGUAAAACGCACGCAGUAGGCCAAUUACUCAUCAACGGCGUGUGCGCGAGUGUGUGUCGUGUUCGGCCGCGUAUUCUGGCAUUCCUAUUCCUACAGUCUAUUCCGCGCCCACUGCCCACUGUUGGUGGUCGCUGUCGCUGGAGUGGAAGAAACAAGUGUAGUGCGACCUACCCGGCCCCGCGAGAUGACGGCAUCGCGACCGGUACGAUAGCAACGCGCGCCGUAAACCAACCCUCACAUGCGGAACACAUUAGCGUCAGCGCGAGCUGCUGCGCUUUCCAUCCUGCUACCGGGACGCACCGGAACAUGAUCGGAUUAUCGCGUCCAGGCGCUCGGUCUCAGCCACGGAGCAGCAGGAGAGCAACAGCAUCGGAGGACGACGGCAGGGGCCGCAUUCGAUGGCGCCGAUAGGCCUUAGACCGGCAACGGAUUGGCAAAAACAGACACCGCGAGAUCUGACGCUCUCCGGCGUCCGGUGCGGGCGGACAGUGCGACAGUGAGUGUAGUUGAGUGCGAAAAGGUGCAUCUGCAUCUGCGAAACGCCACCCAGAGCGAGAGUGGCUUGCUCACUUCCGAGCGUGUACCGCGCGCGUGUGUGCACUCGCCUUUGUGUGUGUGUGUGUGUGUAAGUGUGUGUGAGUGCGCGGGAUCUAGAAUAGCAAGGGUGCCAGUAGUAGGCAAAGUGCAAUUGCAAUCGAGUGCAAGCGAAGAAAUUUUCCCCAAUCUGGUUCGGUUUGGCGUGUGCGAGAAAAGAAAGCAACCGAGGGAGUAAGUGCAAAACGUGGUCAGAAGUGGUGACACCCGUUAGGAAAUGCCUAAGUGCCUUCUAACCUCGGGUGGGCAGACGUAGUGGUUAAAAAGUCUAAUGGUUAGUGUUUCCGUCGUACCGCCAAAAUAAUAUUCAGCAACGAAUUCCAAGUGCCUUAUGCUGUGCUAGUGCGUGAAUGAUCCUCAAGGAAGAAAAAAUCGUUUCAGUAUAGUUGUGUAUAGUGUUGUGUACGAUCGAAGAGCACGAAGGCUUGCCUGGCCUGAAGGAGUUGUAAUUUAUUGGUGGCUUCCGGAAUAGCAAUAGGGUUUUACGGCUCCUGUACGCGAUUAGUGUAGAGGCAAGAUAAGCAAGAUAUUCGGUGUGCAAAAUGCCUCACAACAGCUCGACCGGCGAUGAGCUGGGCAGCACGGACGAGGUGAAAGUGUUCAAGGACGAGGGCGACCGGGACGAUGAAAAGCUGUCCGAAAAUCUACUGGAGGAAAAGUCUAGCCUUAUCGAUUUGACCGAAAGCGAGGAGAAGACGGUCAAGAAUGGAACAACCCGCCACGAAAGCUCCAACUCGCUCUACGGUGGAAGUGGCGGAGGAAGCGGAGGCGGCGGGUCAGGCGGUAAGCUGCCGCACGGAGCACCGCAUCCAGGAUUUAACAUGGGUUACAUCGUACCUCCCUACUCCUACCCGAAUGGCGCAGCAGCCGGGCUGCCGGUGUCGAUGGCGAACAAGAUGAGCUUGCCGCCUUUCUUCUGCCAUAAUGGAGACCAUCUUUCCUCGCCCCCGCCAGCCCACUGCGGCAUUCUACCGUAUCAGUUGGACCCGAAGACGAUGAGCCUGACGAGGCCUCCGCUGUACAGCUUUCCGACUAGCCAGUAUCCCUACCCGAUGAUCAGUCCGGAUAUGCUGCCAGUACCGUCAUCCUGGCACUCGCCUUCGCUCUACAGCCCGGCUGCCGGCUUCCGAACGCCCUAUCCCUCCUCGCUGCAGAUCUACACGUCGCUGUCGAGUGAUUUCUAUCGAUACUCACCGACGCUGCUUCCUCCAAGCAUCCAUCCAUCACAUCCGGCACUAAAUCCGGGCCAUCCGGCCAUUAUUACGCCCGGUCCAAAGCAGGACAUUCCCGGCAGUGGCGGAGCAUCACACCGGGGUAGUGAUCGACAAGGAACGUCGAUCAAGCUGGAAUCCUCAUCGUCAGGGACUGAUCAUGAGCCUUCGUCGGGACAUCAUCAUCACCAUCGGUCUUCCUCCUCCUACCAUCACCACCGCUCGGGAGGAUCGCUUAGUGAUCAGCAUAGCAACAACAACAACAACAACAACAACAGUAACCAUCACACGAACCACAACCAUCACAAUCAUCAUCAAAAUCAUCACAACAACAUCGGAAGCGGCGGUGGUGGAGGCCACAAGCACCAAUCGCUGGCGGAGCGGGAGGCUGCACUGGAGAAGAAGCGUAGCCACGUGAAGAAACCGUUGAACGCGUUCAUGCUGUACAUGAAGGAGAUGCGGGCAAAGGUGGUGGCCGAGUGUACGCUGAAAGAAUCAGCCGCCAUUAACCAAAUUUUGGGCCGAAAGUGGCAUUCGCUAUCGCGCGAAGAACAGAGCGUGUACUACGAUAAGGCACGACAGGAGCGGCAACUGCACAUGGAGCUCUAUCCCGGCUGGACGGCACGGGACAACUACGGGUACGGUGCGAAGAAAAAGAAGCGGAAAAAGGAUCGCAGUCCGGCGGAUCCUGGUGGGAACAGCAUGAAGAAGUGUCGAGCGCGCUACGGACUCGACCAGCAGAACCAGUGGUGUAAGCCGUGUCGGCGCAAGAAGAAGUGUAUCCGCUACAAGGAAACGGGUGGCGGUGAUCGAGGUGACGGAAGCAGUGAUCGGGAGGGAGGUCGAGAUAGGGGAGACGGUUCGGACGAUGCGAUCGGCAGUUGUGGCAGCAUGGAGGACGAUAGCAGCAAAUCGCCUGGCGAGGAGGACGAAGAUCGCGAAUCAAUCAACCAAUCACUCUCCAGCCCACGGUGCCUCAGCGUGCUCUCGAGUCUACAGUCGCCGUCGACGAGUAUAGCCUCCCCGCUGAAUUUACUUGCAAGUCCUGCCACUCCAACGAACUUCUACCACCAUCACGAUCACCUAGGGCUAGCGUCAAUGAUCGCUUCGGCCCAACAGCAGCAUCAGCAGCAGCAGCUCCAGCAGCAGUUGCAGCAGCACCAGCAACAACAACAGCAACAACAUUACCUCCACCAACACCAUCACCAUCACCAUCACCACCACCAGCAGGCGGCGGCUGCAGCGGCAGUGGCGGCCGCUGCCCUACAGAACGUGAGCGACAAACUGAACAACAUCAGCAACGAUUCCGGCAUCGGCGGUUCGCAGCUCAACAACAGCUACAGCAACAACUUCAGCCCGUACAACAACCACCACACGAUGCGCACUAACUCGUCGUCCUCUUCGGCGAGUAAUGGCAACGGUGUUGGUGGUGGCGUAAACCUCAACAACAGCUCCUCGAGUGCGACCAACGGAACAGGAGGCGGGCUGGGGAAGAGUCCAACUGCCAUGCUGCUGCCGCCGACACCCUCCACACCGACACUGGCUCCACCAACGCCAUCGUCCUCAUCCUCGUCGUCCUCGUCGUCCUCGUCGUCCUCUUCAUCCUCGCUCUCGUCUUCGUCGUCGUCCACGCCCUCGCUCCAGAUACCACCUCAUCUGCAGCAGCUAAACCUGAAGACUUCCCCGCCUCUGCUGCCUAACACACCGCCCUCGUCCGGGGGUUCGUCCGUGUCGUCCACGACUGCGCUCACCAUCAAGGAGGAACUUCCCGACAGUAGCACCGGAAAUGGGCCCAUGGGCUCACCUUCGUCCGGAACCCUUCAUCCCACGUCGUCCUCCAGCCCACCGGCGGGCACGGGCGGGUUUCUGUUGCAUCCCGCCCACCACCAUCAUCACCUCGCCGCCCUCCACAACAGCAGCAACCCCCUGCAGCUCGGCCAUACGCAGCUACACGCGACCAGCAACACCAACGGUGAUCUCUCCCCAACAACGACGACGACCGCUACGACCACUGGAGCAACCAACAGCAAUGACAACGCAGGCGCAGCAGUAACCAACGGCAGUAGUAGUCGGAGCAGCAGCAGCAGUAGUCAAAUCGCUAGUGAUAGUUGUCCAUAUCUUCGCUGUUGGUGACCCAAUUACGCAGUGCGUUUGUGUACGCACAGCUGAUCUGGUACAUUGCAAGGGUCUUGGAGAGUUGCAAUCCAAGCACAUCGUUGUCGCAGAAGGGAUUCAAUGGGCAACUCCUCCGCUUCGGUUUGCAAAUCACGGCCUCAACGUAAGUCAGCGUAUGUAAAAAAAACACAAAUGAGGCAUAAAAUGAACAAACAUGGAGGGCACUGUGGAGUUCUGAAUCCUCGAGGAAACAAUUCCCUCCAAACGCCCAAAAGCCAACUGGCUAAUGCUGGCGACUCUAGUCAGAAAGAUCAGACUAUAGGCGUCCUAACACUGGAAAACGUUUCUUGUUAACCAACGAGGCCACAAAUUAGGUAGGGAGCUUAGUGCUUGGCACAGGAUAUGCAGGAUAUGCAGCAAAAUCCAACGCAAUUAAUGUACAGGAGAUGACAAAAAAAAAACGGUAUCGAUCGUUUGGCAAAUGCCGUCAAUUAACAGAUUGACCUCUAGGUAAAAUCAGGUGGUGCAACAUUGUCUGCACAUUCGAAGAGAAAUUAAGUGGGGUUACAAGAAUGAUAAAAUCUGCUGAUUUUAUCAUUCUUGUAGGAAGGAAGGAAGAAAAACUAGAAGAGCCACAAGCUGAAAAAUGUAAUUGACUUUUCUAUCUGAAUAAGGGAAGGUUGUUCAGGAGCUAGAGAAGGAAAACCGAAAACAUCAGAAGCACUUGAAAUUGAAAGCAAAAGACGCUCUUGAACCAGGCGUUGUAUAGGACCGACCAUUGUAUAGGAUCGGCAAAUGCACGAUCGGGUGGGUGGAUGCACCCUUUAUCAUGGUCACACAAGUAGGACAACAACUUUUCGCCAACGGGCUCAAGCGAAGAUCUUUUCCCCGCGGCACCGAAUGCCCCGAUCGCCUAUCGAAAGGUACUGCAGACAAAGAGACACCAACGGCAGCAAAAGCAACGAACUCCAGACGACAGACAUGCAGUCGGUGAAGUUUAACAUUGCGGCACAGUGGGCGAGAUUUGAGUGAUGGAAGCGAGUUUUCCUUCCAGACAAACGUUACGACCAGCCGCACAUAAAAGGGCAACCUUUAGAAUGACAUUUUUCGCACCGAAAAUGGACGCGAAAGGUAGAUGUGAUAGCGAUUUGUGUGACGAGCGGUCCUGUGGAAUACGCGAUUAGCCACGACGAUUACCAUCGAUUCUGCCCGGUCACUCGACCCACUAACGAUGACGAUGGUGAAACAGUUUUUGAGAGAUUUUCACAAAAAUCUUCUCGUCGCAGAAUUGACUGCAAAUUGAGACGAUUUGGCCAAAGGAGAUGUUUUGGCUACCGAAACAAGACUACCCACGGAACCUAAGCAAACGUGGACAGGAACAUUGACGAUUCAUGGAGUUGAAACUCCUUAAGCAUUUUAGAUACAGCACGCACAACUCACGUGUAAGUGCAAGACUUUUGUUGCUUUUGUUGCCGUUUGGACAUCGGAAUGUUUGCCCCAGUUGAAUGAAAUACCUAAUUUCAUGGUAUGAAUGUCAUAUCUCCUUUGCACUCCUUGAAUAGUUUUAAAAAUACCCUUAGCAAUUCUUAAAUAGUUAAAUAGUUUGAAAGCAGUCCGUGUAAUAUUUGGUAAAUAAAAACCAUUGUCAUAUACGAUAUCAGUUGGAUCAAAACUCGAAUGGGCUGAAUUGAUGGAAUGCCUUGUUAGGCAAUGGUUUAGUCAGUUUAAAUAAAAAAUGGUUUUACCGUGGCUUAAGACAAGCGUUGUACAGAUUUUGGGGUUCAAAUCCGAUAAAUCAUGAAACAAUACGAGCCAGAUUCAAACAACUCCCGACUCCAAGUUUUCGACUCCGUUAUGCUCCUCGAAUUUUCGAAAGGUGGCGUUCGUAGUGAGUUCUUUAUUGUUCCUCAUUUCUUAGUGCGUUGCUACUGUCCCACAAGCAAACGACUGUUGAAAAGCCCAUGGUGACCACGAAGUCACCAGAUUGCUGUGUGUGGAUUCGUUUUUUUUUUAAGCCGAACCGUCUUUUCCGGCCCCCGACGCGUGUGCGUCGUGGUAUGGAAGCCAUUAAGGAUUCUUCGAAUUUUAUGGCUUCGCUGCACACCGAGCGAAUAAGACAGCUUGUCCAUGCGUUUAAUGCUCAAAGAAAUGCAGCUCCUUCUGGGAGAAUCAAUCGUGCAGCUAACGCCACAAACAAGCCACAACACGCGCGGCGAUUGACAAUAUAAGCUCUUCAUAUAGCCACUUGUUUGCCUACGUUCUAGGCGCCUUACACCGUAAAUGCGCGUAGAAAUAUUAACCAACAGCGCUUCAACGCGCGAUGUCACCCUUUCAUCCAUUUUUAUGGUUUCUCUGACCGGAAUUCUGUGGCAGAAAAUAUGGGACAACGUUUUCGGAUUCCGCACAUCCCUAUGUCUUUGUUCCAAGAAAAGGCAACCACGAAGCGCGCACUAACCGAGAGACGCUGGUUGCGCAUGCGGGCUUCCCACAACUUUACGUGUUUUAUGUUAUCCUGGAAAAUGGAUGAUUAGCUGCCGACCGGCAGCAGCCAGUCUUGAGUUCAUCUGCACUACUUACCGCGGUUGCGUGCCGGCAACCCAUUCCAUGAAAUAAGAGUGUUUUCGCGUCCAAGUGACAUUUGUUUGUCCUACCAAACCAUUCGCGCGCAGGGGUAAGAGUACGAUCCUUUACAAAACCGCUGCCUCCGCGGCUUGCUUCUUGUCCUUCCGUGAGGAUUUUCUGCAGUGUGUGCUCUGCAACACUUGUGGACGAACGAUCCUCCAUUCGUUCGCGUUAUUUGCGCAUGGCCUCCGAUCGCGCCAAGCCGGUUUUAUGAAAUUCUCGUUAUUGUUGGUCGCGCGUUCGCGCGCUUGUGGACCUCGCCCUGCUACCAGCCGACCCGCGUUCAACUUCUGCUGCCGUUGUUGUUGCUGGCGGUGAUCAGUUGUGGCUGAUUAUCUUGCGGUCCGCGUUGUUCACCUCGCGGAGUCGAACGUCGCUAUGACAUACGCACACCAACCGACGACGCACGGUCGCUUGAACGUGAGUCUACCAAUACCACGGUUUUUGUCGUACUGUGGAGCCAUGAUGGAGACCCGAUUCUCGUCUUUAUAUUCUGGGCUGCUGGCCUAGCUGCUACUGCCGGGCUACCGAGCGCGAUCGCAGAAUUAUCGAAGCUGUCUUUCUGCUGUUCUUUUCGCCUUCGUGGGCUCACGUCACCGUUGUGGUAUCCUCUCGCACUGGCACAUUAUUUUGUCCACCCGGUCAUGGGAAAAGUCAUGCGAUCAUGCCGCUAGCAGCGAGUCUCGCGAGCGUGGUGUAAUAAUACUACGAUACAAGUCACAUUCUACGGUUCUGCGGGAAUCCAGUUCUCGUUCCGUAGGGUGGAAGAUGAUUGCGAGCAAGAAGAAAGCAAGCAAAACACCAGACUGGGAGCACAGCAGAAAGACGCACACACAAAUACAGAUUCGAGUCAAAGCAGCAACAGCACACACAAAAAAAGAAACCACGUCUCGAACGAACCGGACCGAAGUGUUUCGGAAACGAGAACCUUUUUAAAUAACAUAAUUUAUGGCAUGUUGAGUAAACAAAUAAAUAUUGGGUUUUCUGAAUACUGGCUGAAAAAGAGUGGUGAAGCCACCGGCACGCCGCCGGCUCGUCGUGUCUUCUUCUAGCCGGCCUGUUCUCGCACAAUAAUUGUUGAUCGCCACGGAAUGGAAGUGGUUUAUGAAGGUUCAGAAAACGCGAGUGUGAGUGGGACAGACCGCCUAACAGACGGGCAACCGAUCGCACGAAGGAUGCGCCGUGAUCGAAAGGUGUGAUCUUUAUCUUUGCUUCUUCCCAACUCCAACUUCUCAAUCGAAGCUUCAUCGACAACAACAUUCGGUGUUUAUCAUUGUCACAAUCAAGAAAUCGCCCCUAAUGCAGCUAAUCUUUUUACUGUCAAAGUGUGGCAUAUGUCAACAAGGCUAGCUCGAGUGGUCGUGCCACGAGGAAAUCGUUCCAACCACUUCCAGACCGCUCGAGAUGGAACUUUAGGGCGCUUCAAAUCACAACGUCUUCCUUAUCCGAUGAUAAGAGGUGUUAAAAUGUAUUUGAUGAGCAACGACAACUGAAGAUGUCAUCAAAGCAACACAUGAUUGCAUUUGGGUCUGAGGUUGAUUCCUGGUGGAUUACUUUUUCUACCUAGACCAUCAUUUAUCCGCGCGUGAUCAGGAGAGGUUACCAACGAAGAGAAAAAGCCCAAUACACGCGUCUCGUUCAGCACAGCCAAACUCCCAGCGGAAGUCUCAUUAAAGUGAACCGAUUAACACAUCGCGCGGAGACUCUGUAGCUCAAGCAGAGAGCUUUCCUUACAUUCCACCUUUGGUUGUGCGGUCCGAAGGAAUCCUAUCUUUUCACAGCAAAAAAAGCUCGGUAAAUUGCUAAAUCACUCACUCCCGUGGGAUGACAGUCAACAAUUAUGACUCUAUAAGGGUGAUCAAAAACGUCGAGAACGUCGAAUACUGUUGGUCUGCUCCUUCGACAGGAGCCACCCAGUGCACUUUCUUCCGUGUUUUGCUUGGCCGCUUGUUAGCCGUCUAUUCGGGACGUAACGAGGUGAAAGCCACCCUCUCAUCCAACCAGCAGCGAAAUUCCUUUUCGAAACUGUGGAAGGAGAACUAACCGUCGAAUACCGUUGCAUAGAAUGUUGGCUUCGUCAAGGGGGUGAAGGCGGCUCGAAUAGGAACAGUCUGAGGUUACACUCACGAAAAAGCCACAAGACGACGCAAGUAGCAGCAAAACGAACAAAUUAAAUUGACGCUAUCUCUGGCCACACGGCAUGUAAGGCCUCGGAGCUUGGGGCAGGGGUGCGAAUGGUCGUGCGGUAGGUGUUAUGGGGUCGUAUAGGAUGUAGUGUUUGCGAGUCGGUUGCGCUCGGUCGCGAUGUCGUUGUCUAAUCAUCACCGGCUUCGACGCCUUUUGCUGUGGCCCCCGGAGAGUAGAACAGAUAAAAAAACCCGCUCCAAGCGAGCGAAAAAGAGACGGGAAGCUAGUGGGGCUCUGUGUUAAAUAAGGGCUGUUGGAUCGUCACAAACAGCCGGGUGGAGGAAGGGCCAGGGAGGCAUUGAAACAACACACACCGCGCGUUGUACUCUUAUCAGUGAACUCACGGGGCUACACGAACGCUAACCAAACGUCCUCCUCUUCUAUCAUUUUUAGUUGUUGCUGCUUUGCACCGUUGAGAGCUAUCGAAUGGGGUAGCAAAAUGGCGCGUGUGAGCGAAAGGGUGUUAGUUAAAUGAGCUCCACUGUGGUCUAGCGUUCUCGCGCGCAAGCCGUUGGAAGACGAUCUUAAAUUAAUUGCGAAGCGAAAAAUAAGGAAAGAAAGUAUGCCACAAACAUCCAAAAACUCAUGCUUUGAGUGGGUCGUUCGUGAACCCCCGAAGGACCCACAUUGUUCGAAGAUGGACAUCAUCGCAGGCUGUCAAAUGAUGGACCGGUCAAAUCGAGUGAUGUGACGGUUUCGUUAUCGUUGCACCGACACUUGACAGUCGUUGCCAUCCGAUAUGACACCUCCUGUUAUGGGCGCGAAGCAUAACGCUGAUAUUUCUUAAUUUUCCAAUUGGUCCGGAUGGAAUCGGAAUUUUCGGUUUCUCUGGUUCACUUCGUUUUUCCUGUUUGAGCGUUCCGCUACCACCACCCAACCCAUGCAGCUCGUUAUCUCAUGCGUUUAGUUUAACGGACAGAUGGAAAAAAAAAAUCUUGGCUCAGUCCCGGCGGCUGGUACCCUGGCGGUCCUGUCGCGCGUAUCUCGCACCCAUUAGCUGCCGGCGCUGAACCACCACACGGCUUGCGUGAGUUGCGACAGUGAUGAUUGGAGCGCAUCAGAUAAUUUUGUUGCUCAUCACUCGGUCGGUUCCCGGUCUCUGCCUUCCUGUCCGCCCUUUGCCCCCUUCCUCUCUUUUUCAGCCCCUCAGUGCCCCUUGCCAUCUAACCAAUGAAAGAGCCCUAUUCCAAUUCCUUGUUUGUACUUGGCUUUAAACCUUCUCUGGCGGACUGACGCAUACACAUACAAGCCGAUUGAUAAACAGCGAUGGCAAUUGCUGCUUCUGCUGCUGCUGCUGCUGCUGCUGCUACCCUAUCAUUAUUGGGCACCACAAACACUCGUUUUGCGCUCUCCGGAACUCCCAACUUCCAGCGCGCACACCCUGCCAGACCCAAUAAAUGGAUCGAAAACUAGAACCUGCAAAGGGGAGCAGACCACUUAAGCAUAACUUUUCAUCAUGGUCCAGCGUUGAGGGGUCGGUCCGCAAGAGACGCCUGGUACCGAUCUGUUUACACGAGGAUUUGUGUAUCCCUUCGUACCUCCCCCCACCUGUCUAACGACGUACCGCGCCCUUCCCUUGUUCGGGAAAACAGGAGUGAAAAUGAAACGAAAUAAAUUAAUUUAGGGAAAUAUCUCAUCCCCCGCCAUAGUCUGAUCGAUCGUUUCUGCUCCUAAUGCCGUCGCUGCAAUUUCUCUUCCCGAUCGUUGGCCGUAGCGAUGUUUGGGUCAGAACGAUUUGUGCUCUGUACUACUAUUUGUAACCAAUCAGCGAAUGUGUUGAAAAGUGACUUCUAUCCAUAUUCGCUCUCGCCGUCGAUCCCGCGCGCUCCCCACUGCUCGCACUGGCCGCAUUUCCGUAAGACGAUUUGUUUACACGUUGCAAUGUGAAUAUGCCUUGGGGCUUAAUUGAAUUGCGCAAGAAAAUGGACAGAGCGCGAAUAGAGGCGAUAGGCGAAGGGGCUCACCGUGAUCGGUCGCAUUUAUCUGGUCGCUGGGAAGCCAAGAAUGAGUAGUCAUUUCCACUUAUUAUUAGGUCACUAUUCUGCUAUAAAUUUUAUAUUCGUCGUUUCUCUAGGGAUGACACACGCCCACCUAAUAAAUUGCCGCACAGUUUUAUCGGCUUACCCCGCGGAAUAGCAUUCCGUAGCCUUUAUCGAACGACGAACGUUUCGGGACCAUUUCACUUUCCUCUCCGACCCGUCAUCGUCGCGAUUGUGGCUACCAUAAAGGACGGAACCGACGAAAAAUUCGAAGAGUCGAUAAACGUGUCGAUUAUCUGUCGUACGUGUCGUCGUCGUCCAGCGCUAAUCUAAUGCGCGAGCGUAGGUAAUCUUUACCGUCAAGGUACGGCCGGGGCGGUUUAUAUAUCUUCUGAUGAUUGGCUGACAUAAAAAUCAUGCGCGUCUUUUACUGCCAAUUGAUCGGGCAAAUCGGGCUCUCAUCAGCGGAUGGAGAAACAAUUAGCUGGAGGCGCAACGAUAUGGAAACAUCACAGCUGCUUUAUUACAGGGCCCUGUUGGACAGGGAACGUUCAAAUAUUGUCCCGUAGAGUUAUCAACACACUAGCUUCUUCUUUUGUAAAAAAAAUUCUGAUCAUUCCGAUGUGCGCCCUUGUCCUGUGCAAAGUCAACACGAUUCAGCUUUGUGUUCUUAUCGCCCUCCUAGCAUUGAUUUAUUAUGCACACACAAACACCAUUAGAGAAAGGUCAGAAUAGUUCUAAUUUUAAGGACUAACAAAUACGCAAAAGUGCAUCUGGAGCGUAAGUAAAGUGCUUGCAUAACGCUCAAAGUUGAAAGACUGAUAGGGGCGAGCUAAGCAAAACGCAGCAAAAAUUUAACACAUAUUUUCUAAAUAACGCUGACUCAAUCGACACACGCGCUGCCAGCUUACUGUACUAGCCAAUCAUUACUACUAGAUCGACGUUUCCUUCCGUGUGGAUCGUUGGUGGUCCUCAACAAAGCUAGCCAUACUCUCGCUGACAGGCCUAGACACAAUCCAACAGACACCCGACGGCGGUAAUGGUGUUUUUUUUUUUUGCUUUCUGGCGCCAGGUCGGCACUAGCAUGGCUUCGAUGAAUGGACAAAGUUUGCAAAUCUCCAGACUAGCGCUGCGCACGGCCAACGAGCCUUACAAAACGCCCUCGCACCGCAUGGAAAUGUGUGUUUUGGUUCCUCGAUCUAUUUCUCUAUCCAUUUCCUCUUACCAUGUGUGCGCCAGACAUUUUGCCCUCUCCUUUCACGAGACAUUUGUGCGCGAGCAUAUGCGUGUAAAAGCGUUUGCGCCAACACUUGCUGCGAGUGGUUCUGGCUGUAUUAGUGCAAAUGUGUUUGGCACGGGCGGAAUUUACGCUUUUCCGAGCGCCCACGGCUUUCCGUUCGCGCGAGAGCGUCUCGGGUCGCAAGAUACCGAGGUUGGUGAGUGAUGAGAUGUCGAUCAAGUCGUUGCAGACGAAGCAAACUUCAUCCCUCAUCCACGGGUUGAUAGAUCGCGGUCCACCGCACCAAAGCGCAUGGUGUCGUUUUCCUGCUUCAUACCAUCAAACGAGCGCUAACGAUGACUUAAGACGACACCCACAGCAGACUGCGCGCUCAUAUCAGUUCAAAGCCUAUCGGCUCCGGAGGUUUGCUCGAAACACAAACAUUUGCGGUGCUGGUCAAGAGCAUGGAGUUGGCCAUCGCCCAGCAUCCGAUCACUCGAUCGACGUCUGAAAAGUGGGAAUUCUUCCAACCGUCGCCAUCCUUAGAAUUGUCUCGCAGAAGCAUCGUCUUCGAUCAAUCUGAACCAAUGAUUCCACUAAGCUUUCCUCUCGCUAGAAGUUCCUUCCUGCUAAGCACAACUCGUCAUACAAAGGAGUUCCUCUUGUUGGCUCCUCUUAUUUUUCCGACCAGUUUCCCUUCAUCAUCAUGCUGCACACAAACCAUUGGCCCUCUUGGGAAGGAAUGCGAUCUGCUCAGACUGCAUAUAAGUUGCGCGAAAGGGAUAGCAAAUAUUAUGAAGGGAAACACAUUGUACGACACAAGCUCUGUUAGUAAGUACUAAUUAUAGCAUAAUUAAUUGCUCAACUAUAAAACCGAUACGCGGAGUUUUGUUUUGCCUGAUGGGUAGUGAUGUUUUUCCGUUUUUAUUUUUUCUGUUGUUAUUGCGGUGUUGCCAUUGCCGGUCCGAAUACGCUACUGCAGGCCACGGUUCCGGCCUUGAAAUGGUGCUGAAUGGAUGCGGGAAAAGGUUGCGUGGUGCAAGCAUCAGCAGGCGCAUGCACCGUUAAGAGGCGCAGUCUGUGUGAAGAGAUGCGUUUAGAGUGGGUUGGGAAAAAAUGCUAGCUCCACCCGACCAACCGACCCUAUGGAGCAAAAGCAGCAAAUAUCCUCGGCCUGUCUAAACGAGGUUGCGUGAAGGAAACGGAACCAUCGUGUAACCAGCGCGUUGGGAUGGCGCUACGAAGGGAAAGAAAUAAUAAUAACAUUCAUUUAUUAUCAUAAUUACUAUGUGCGCAAUUAUUACAUUUUUUGAAUUUUCGAUACCCUUCCACGCAGUCCCACACAUAGCCCCGAACACACAAACACACACACACACACACACACACUUGGAUGGUUGCAAAGAAAUUUACGAAAGUACGACGUCGAACAUGGCGUUCCUUCACAAUUCAUAUUUUUGCGCGCCUGUAAACACUCCGGUGGGUAACUCCGGUAGCUAAUUACUUCUUUUAAGGCUCAGCUAGGCCCACAAAUGGGCAGCUCCGCAAAGUAGCUGCUUUGCCAUCCUUCGCUGCGUAGCGGCCCGGCAUCUAGGUGCCCUCCUACGGCUUGGCAACGCCGUGUGCGCCGUUCCCCUUUCUCACGCACCUCUUGGGAUCCGUCUGGUGGAAAAUAUAUUAAUUAAAUGCUCACACACACUCGCAGCACAACAAGCACACGGGAAGAACUUACCUCCCAACCCGAUCCGGGUGCUUGAGAGAGGAUAGGGUUCGUAGCUUCCCCGUUCAUAUGGUGAACUUUGUUGGCAAUUUUUGUGUUUUUUUUUCUCCUUCGUUGCUUUCCGUGCUUGUACCAUGCAUCUGUCGAACAGGUGAACACAGUUGGCAGCAGCGCUUUCCUGCGAUGCGAUAAGCGAGCGUUAAAGAGUUGCGAAAUGAGCACCCUUGACCUCCGCGUGGAACGUGUGUGUGUGUGUUCUGAGGAGAAACGGUGGUCAGGACGGGUAGCUACCGCCUGGCGGUGGUCCAUAUUGCAGAUUCACGCACCGAAAAACCUAACUCACCGUGAAGCUGAUGAAAACUUUGAACACAACUAUCACGCUUUUUGCCAAGGCGUAGACGGACACGGUGUGUGUUACAAAAAAGUAACACACUUUCUGGAGGAAAAACAGUCGUUCGCCAUUAAACAGCACCAUUACAAUUAAUUACGCUGGACCAGACCAGCGUUGGGUGGUUGAUUGAAAUUUAAAAAUGCAAUUGACACCUAAACAGCCGAGGUUGUUUCCCAAGCACGGAACCGGUACCGAGCCGUCGGAAGAUCACCACGACGUGCGCAUUAUCCUGGCCGUGAACAUGUUCCGUUACGCUUCGCCCUCUCUCUCUCUCUCUCUCGUUCUCCGCAUGAGCUCCUCCCUCAUGAUGAGUUGGUUGAAUGAUCUACACCGCAGCAGCAAAACAUAAGUGAGCAUGAAGAAGAAGUCGAAACAUUGCAGCGCAAUAUUGACACUACACCAGCACCCACGCCAACCAACGAUCGCGCGCUCGUUUCGGCGCAAUGUUCGUGUGUGCGGAAUAUGUAGCCAAUUAAAACUGCUCAUUCCGGCACCGACAGCGGCUCCAAUUGACCGUUACGCUCACGUAAUAUUGUUGCUGUGGUAAAUUUGCCGAUUUUUCACCUCGGAGGCCACCAGAGCCAGACCCACUUUUCUAGAGCUAUCCGUCUUAAUGUUUUUUCGCGGCUGAUUUUUUUUUUUUGUAACGGUCGCACUGAUCACAAGAGAAAUUUGCACCAAAUGAGGCGUGAAAACUUUUCCUUACUUCUUCCUGCACGGAUAUGUGCGCUCCGCGUUUGUACGUGGGAGUUGAUUGGAAUCAUCCAGUUGGAGCCUACCGCAGUCCGUUGGAGCAUUUGAGGCGAAUGACAUAUUCGAGUGCGGCAGAACUGGUACUACGGGCAAUCGAAAUUAUGAAGGUAAAAAAUGUUUUUUAUGUAUUCGGUUUUAAGCGCUCUGUUUGCCCCCAGAAAGCUUUAAAUACACACAGCAAAGGUUUGUGUUCUUAACGACGCCCUAGGUAAAUCCAUCACGCACGCAACUCCCAUUGGAAAGAGAUAUUUAGCGGAUACGCAUACCUAAAAUGGCUAUGCAUAUUAAUGAUCCCUUUUUAUUGACAGUUAUAUAUCGGGAAUAAAUAACUAGACAGAGAAUUGCCAUUCCGCGAGCACUCAAAGAAAUCCUGCUCUGCUCAUCAGUCCGAAGGAUUUGUAGUCAAGGAAGCUGCCAGCGUAGUAGGCCAGGUGUGAAGGAAAAUAUAAUGGAACCAAAUACCUUUCAAGACGAUCUUAGCAAACAUGAGCCCCGAGUGCCACAGACCCACCUUCCACCCUCUGCACACACGCACAGGCCCGCCGAAGUUUUGUUUUUUUAGCAUUUAAUGAAUAGUUGCGCUCCGUACGGGAAUGUUUGAUGGGAGCAGCGGUUUUGGGGGAUGUGUGUACUUUUCGUCAGGUUUGUUUUUUCUAUUUUUUUCUUCUAUGUGUAAAGUGUACUAUUCGUUAGCAUACGCGUACAUGUGUGCAUCGAAUGUGUGUCAGGCCUUUUUUGAGACGAAUCUGGUGAGCCUUUGGUGGAGCUGAUUGAAGCGGACGAGAAGGGUGGAAGAAGAAAAAGUGAAAACAUAUUUAGUACCGUAACUGGGCCUAAAAUACUUUAACCACACACACACACAUACACACACUUGCACAUACACACUCAUUUGCUUUGGCUUCCUUUACAUAGCAAUACACCAUUUGUUUCGUGGCAGUCCCGACUGCAACUGCAACUGCAAGGGAAAAACGGAAAAAGUGUAAAGCAAACAUAAUUUGUUCAAAAAUCAAUAUUUUACGUUUCAAUUUCUUGCAUUUUAGUCUCGUACGACGAACAUCACCACCGGCUCACGGGCUGUUAAUGCUGUCGUAACAGAUAUUGUUUUAAAAGUGAAGGAAUCGAAUGGUUGGUGAGGGCUAUUUCCAAUGUUUCGAUAUGCAUGCAUGCUUUUCCACUGUAGUCAAACAGGCGAUAAGAACCGAGCCGAUAGAAAACGUACAGCACGCUCUUCCAAAUAGAUGGGGAAAAUACUCAGAUGGAUACAUGGUAACCUUUAGCCGUACUCCACGAGAAGUAGAUAAAGCUCCAAUUUUAAACAAAUAGCCUGAAUCGUUGUAACGGGCAUUCCCCUACUUUGUAUAAAAAAUCAUCUUCGAUCUACCAACGGCACCUAUGUUCAGCAUGGAGUAUGGAACUGCGAAGCGGACAGUACGGGUGAAUGGAGGAGUGGGGGGAGGGGAGCAUGGAUUGUGCUCCCUUCUGGUCGCGACACUGGAAACUGUCACAUACGGCUUGUAUUUUUAUCAAACCAAAUCGAUCGAGAGCUGAAAAAACUACUAAAUUCAAUCAAUAACCGUCAUUGAAUCAACGUGUUUGCCUGCUUAGGACCAGACCCGGCGGUCAAACGCCGUGCUGUUUGGGGUUGCGGUGGAAGAGAGGUCGGAAAAUGUGCACGGGUACAUAGUGCAGCAAAACAGCGAAACCGUCGUUUUCGAUGCCCGGGAGCGAUAGGCGACGAUGUGUUUAGGUGGUCGGUUAGGCAGCGAUAAUGGCGAUAACCGUCGCUGUGGCCUCGUGUUCUGGGCUGGCGACAAUAUCAGCAGCAAGCAGUCGCCGUGCCUGUGAGUAGGCUCAAGGUGAUUGAGGGGGGGGGGGGGGUUCGGAGCGCUGGGGUAACGGGUUGGCCACGGGGUGACGUGAUCGUAAUUAUUUCUAAUCAAUCAAAAAGUAAACACAGCACACACUGCCACUUGUAUGCAGCGUGCGCUACGCGACAGAGCCGUGGGUGAGUGGCGCGCCGCAGCGGACGAGAACUUUACUAAUGAACAAGGUGAGAGCGAUUCGCACUGCUGGAAUUUCAUCGCUUAGCCAUCUCCUAACCAACAUGGCCGCUUCGAAAACCGCGUCAACCGCGAAUGAAGAGGGUGUCCAUUAUCUUUACACUAAACCAUUGGCCGGUACAUGAGUGGAAUAAUGAAUGGCAUCGGUGAAGAUCCGGACGCCAAACUCCUCCGUUCACCAUUGAAUGGGCAGUCGCGUCGGACGACGAAAACACCGUACGACAACACAACACGGCUAUAGAGGAAACACACAAAAAUAAUAAAAAACGAACAAACAUACAUAAAACAAAGCCUCGGUCGAACGUAGAGAGAAAGAGAGAGGACACACUACACUUGUUUGCUGUCGAUCACAAGUCAAUCGAUCGCGGACGAACAUACACGGGACGCGCUGCUGAGUGCGUGUGUAACGGCGGUAAGGUUUGGAAUUUUGGGUAUUUUUACCCGAAAACCACGAAAACCCACACUAACACUUCGAACACAACCGCUCACAGUGGCCACCCCACUAUAUUACAUUCCCAUUCCGUUGUUUCCGCUACAUGGCACGCAUUUUCGGAGAGUCGCUAGAUUUUAUCAGCCGUCCUCUUGGCUGAAUUUAGCGUUUUUUAUCUUUCUCCAUUCGAUACAAUUGUUGGCCUUUCAAAUCAGGGUACCUCCGUUAAUAUCAUCCAAAAGUCAUCCGCGAAUUAUCGCUCCAGUGUGUCGAUGGUCCUGGCAGAGGCCGGGCAGACAGGCACGUUGUUUCAUGGCGCGAGCGUUUAAUGUGCGAAUUGAAACGGUCAACAUUACAUAAAGCUCUAACUUCAACGCGCUGAGGAGCGGCCACUGUUUCCCCUGUCAGGGUUUUUGUUUUCCUCCGCUCAAGGCAGAUGGCCUUGCCACACGCGACACGCUCCUCUUGCUUCGUCCCCCUGGUGUAGCCGCAUGCAUAUAGAUCUUGUUCGCAACGCAACGCACUUGGAGGAAGACAACGUUGCUAGGCGCAGGUGGAAGAAGUGACCGAAAAGUGCCAAUCAAUUGAGUAAACCAAAUGGAAUCGCGUGUCCUGAACAGGCAAGGUGAUGGAAACAAGUGCAGAAGUGUUCACGUUUGUCAGCGCUUUUCUUGCGGUGCUUUUUCGUACAGUUUCAGUCGAGCAAAACAAGCUUGUUUUUUUUCGGGUUGUGUCACGACAGUACAGAAAGAUGCGUUUCUGGCGUUGACGUUGGGUGCAUGCUGUCGUGGUGUCGUGGUAGAUACAAAUCCCGACAUAUCAUACCUGUGUAGUGUCUGCUAGUCAUAUUUUGUAGUACGAUUUCCACGAAAUACUUAUCUACCUAAGCACCGAUAAAUACGGGCUUUGCACUGGUAAUGCCAUCCAAACGCGUUUUGGGGUGCGUUGAAAUAUGAACUGUCUUAAUGGUUUCUCGUCUGAUUUUCUAUCUCCGUGUCCGUUGGUGCCAGUCUUAUCCUCGAUUUCAAAACAAAUCACAUUAAAUGGAACAACAUCUGCGCUUAAGAAGCAUCAGCUUCUUCGCGGGUAAUGUCUUAGGUUUUCUAGAACAAACCAAAAACAAACGUCAGAGUAUCGUAUCAACUUACGACGAAGGUUUCCCUCGCGGUGUGUGUACUAGGAAGAAAUCGAAAACUGUAAUACUUAAACCCUUACCAGCACCACUAACUCACCAACAAACAGGGAAGGGCCGAAGAGUUCACUCUGAGGGCUUCAACAGCUUGGACAACGUUGGCUGAGCUUCUACUGCUUCUUGACCUCGCGUUCGCGUUACAUACGCACCCGAGCUGAAGAAACCUCUCAUGUGAAGGAACGCUCAACGUUCCAAAAAGUAUUCGGUGUUCACAUGCCCGGUGUGAAAUGCAUCGCACUUACCUAUACUUUCGUCCAGCCGAUGCAAACCUAGAUCCUCGGUUCUGUUUCGAUCGGUCGAUGUUCUGCUUAUCCUGCUUCUGCUUCCCCGAUCGUACCUUUCGCCCAAUUUAUGCUGUCUGUAACGAGCAUGAGCAACGUUUCAUAAUCUGCUAAUGAAUGGCACCAUUCACAGGAAGUUUCUAACAAGUUUAACGUCACAGUAACGCUCCCAGAACAGCGGAAGAACGGAGCGCACUCCAAAACGAUGCACACAUAAGUUAAGAUAAGGCCCCAGCGAGCGUGUGAAGUUCUGCGCUGCAUUCCACCGCACCGCAUUGCAAAAGCCAGCCGGUACCGGGCACGAAGGUGAAGAAAAUCAGUUAACGAAGUGCCAAACUCUGUUAUGAGGAUUAUUUAUUAAUGUUAUAAUGAUUACCGGUCUCAUUAGUUGCGGGCUCGGGCGCGAAAAAAGGGUUGGGUGGGAGGGGUAGGGGUGCUGAUCGUCUUUAUCACACUACCGAAAGGCUAAUAACGAAGCAUUAAGGAAAGAGGAAAACGAUGCCAACGCAUUGGAUUAGUCAAACCAGGGAGAUGAUAGAAAAUGGAGAAAAAGGUAAAAACAAUGAAUGGCUCGAAUUUAACCCACGUUGAGCAGAUUCGAGAAUUCAACAGAAGGCAAAAAAAAAACACGCACAGACACAAAUCGUUUGCUUCUUGUGUGUCUCUUGCUUUCCUAGUCGUAACAGCGCAUUUACGAUAGAUAAGGAAAAUCCACCCCUUUUCCAUCCCUCGUCCGUCGUUGGUUUCAGGUGGUUUUAAGAGGUUUUCGGGGAGAGUUAUUUUUUGUUUUGUUAUUUUCUUCCAUCUUCCUUGUUUCGCUGUUCGCUUUCCGCAAACGCAUGCCCAGACACAGACGUACACUAAAUAUAUUAUUUAGAAAAUGCAAACAGUCCAAUCGGAUAGAUAAAAAGCCAGCCGAACCUAGUCCGGGAGAAAGACAGACGGGACGCGUUGUUCCGAGUGGGUCUAGGCUAGGCAAAACGAAAACACGCCCGCUGUGUGUACCGGUUCCGUUUUAUUUUAUCUACCUGUUAACAAAUAAAACAUAUUUAAACAACACAAAAUCAUGCAACGAUGAGAUGAAACAAGCGAAGGUACACCAGCCUCAUCAACCCCUCGUAACGAUUGUUGGUGGGUGAGCUUGUACGGUGUAACGAGUCAAUGGCACACGAUAAAAACGGAGAGUGAGCAAAGUUAUAUUGUUAUGAAACAUCGGGGGAGAAAUACUCAUUCCUUCCCCACAGGCAGCUACUUAAAAAGCGGAAAGGCAGGCUCCAUAUUAUAGGAACAGGAUUGCUUAAGACGCAAACACACACACACACGCGCAUACAGGCAUGAUGCACGCAUAUCAAAGUACGCAUGGCGGCAAGAUGAUCAAAUAUUUGAAUAUCUGCUUCCACGAGAACGCACAAGACGAAACCAAAUCAAGCGAAGAAAUGGGUUAAACUUUUCAACAACUCUUCUGGAAAGCCGCAAACGAUCUUUUAUUUCCCCUACCAUUGGCCAACGCGCCAAUGGCUAGCGCAAACAUUUGGCGCAAAUGUCGGACGCCCUCCGCUCUGGAUACGUGUUUGCUGCUUUUCAUUUUUUGCCAAUUUUGCUUUUGCCCGUUUCGCUUCUCUCGGCGAAAUAUUGAUUUGCGUGUAACAAGGAUGAACUGAAGCAAACGCUGUGGAACCGCACUACUACGAUCGAACCCAAAAACUACAAGUACAACGCAACUGAAAGAAUAUAGAAAACAGUGGUGGUGCCUAGAGCGAGAGCCUUUAAACGCAUGUACACAAUAAAACGUCGUAAUCUGCAACGAUCGAUCAACACCUAGCUUAUCGCCUGUGAGUAAACUCGUAAAUUGUAAAAACCGAGAAUGAAAAAGAGAAAAAUUAAUCCCAAUCGAAGGAAGUUGAAAGCUUUCAAAAAGUAAACACUGCGACACGAUUGUCUUAUCAACCAGUUGUUGACAACAAGUUCUUCCAUCCUCGUCCAAUAGCCGCACGUGUGACAUGGGCAAACAGUUAGACUCGUUAGUGCGAAGCGGAGAAUGCCUCCUAAUUUCCCAUUCUGUCGUUCGCAAGAUUCGUAAGGCCCGAGCUGCGAUGUCGCGGUUAGUCACACAAGCCUAGCAAUACAAACCGGCCGCAUCUUGGCUCGGGCAAACGAUCUUGGUUCGCUCUACUGUCAUUGCAUAUAAGUAGGUAGUAAAUCCCUGUUAGCGCGUAACGUAUUGCUGAGCAAGCAACUGAAGGACUCUAAACAUUUGAAUAUAUUUUAUUGUUUUCCUAGUGUUAAGAAAAUCGAACAAAAGCAUACACAUACACGUACGAACUAUAGAGCGCGAGAGAAUGCGCCCUGUGUUUUUUUGAAACAUGGUACAAUAAGCUAAUUUAAUCGUAGUGGCCGAAUCGAGCAAUAGAAGUUAGUGCAACAAAACCCCCCCUAGUGUAGGACGAACCGUUUGGCGGACAUUGCAGUCCUCACAGCGCUUUUGCAGUGAUGAACAUGAAACCGGAAAAUGGUAAAAAAGCAAGCAAUCAAAACAACUAGUGGAAUGACAAUGUAGCAUAUCGCACCCUAGUAAAGGUGGAGCAUCCGUCUUCCACACGAUAGGUAGACGAAUUAGUGUAAGUUGUAACCGUGAGUUAUGUUGACGGUGCGCAAGAACAGCGCGUUUAUACGCGGUUUGCGUUAUGGAGAAAAACCAACAUUGUAAAUAAAGAGUUUAAAAGAUACAUUUUGAAAACACUUAA